AUGUGCAGUGAGGGCAGAAACUGGUGUGCCUACAUAGUGAACAAGAAUGUGAGCUGUUCUGUGCUGGAUGGCACUGAGAGUUAUAUCGAAGUUCAGUAUAGCUGUGCCUGGAACCAGAUGCCCUGCCCACACACCCCAACGUAUCGUACAAAUAUCAGACCUAAAUAUAUAACAACAUAUAAGACAGUAACAGAACUGGAAUGGAAAUGUUGUCCUGGAUACAUGGGCAUAAACUGCAAAGAACGUACAGUACCACAACCAAGAAAAGUUGUUUUCCCAGCAGACCUACCACCAAAUGAUGCAAAGACAAGCCCAGGCUCUAAACCAGAGUUACAGAAACACGAAUUACAGGAUAAAAAGAUUCAAGACCUUGAGGAUGAAUUGUUUCGCCUUACGCAGACAGUGCUUGAGCUUCAGUCCUCCUUAACAGGGGUUAAUGAAAAUCUAAAACUUGCAGUGCAAGAAGAUGCAGGUCAGAUGCGUGUCUCAUGGCUGAAUAACCUUCAUGAUCAUCCAGGGCCUGACAGUGAUGUUGAGGGAGAAACAGACACAAUUCAUCUGUCUGAUAAUAAACACCAGAAAGAUUCUUUUCCUGACUCUGGAACACAGAACAUACAGUCAGAAAUAGGUCAAGGAAAAGAUGUCUCAAAGGCUGAAAAUGACAAGCUGGAAGAGCUAAAUGGGAAGGUGAAUGGCUAUGAAGGGCAACUGAAACAACUCCAGGAAGCGGCCCAAGGCCCAACCAUAAUGAUGCCUAGUGGCCAGUUGUAUCAGGCAUACAUCGAUGCUAAGUUUGAAGCCCUGAGACAGGAAAUGUUAGAAGGGUUUGAGAAGAAAAUGGCAGAUUUGAAAAAUUCAUGUGAAUACAAACUGAUGGAUAUUCAGCAACACUGUGAUGAUCUUGAAGCCACCUGCUUGGGAAUAAGAGAGCUCAUUGGAGAAAAAGAAAAUGACUUUAGGAAAGAAAUAAAAACUCUUCAGACUCUUAUCCAAGAACCAUCAAACCAGUCAUUUUGCUGCAACGCUGCCAAAAUGGAUGACUUUGGGCAGCAGGUAAAACAGUUGGAAGAGAAGAUUGACAGAACUGCAGAAGCAAGCAGGAUUUUAAACUUCAGAAUAGAUAAUGAAGUACGGCAUAUUUCCACUCCAGGUUUAGAAGGCAACUUUGAUGCAAAAUGGGAGGAACUGGAAGCAAGAAUCAACGUUACAGAGAAAAAUGCUGAGGAACACUGCUUUUACAUUGAGGAAACUCUUCGUGGUACUAUAGCUACUGAAGUAAAUGAUGUUAGAAACUUACUUGAGCAAAAGCUUCAGGCAUUGGGAGAUCAGCUGGGAACCACUAUUCUGGAUAUUGCUAAUGUCACACAUCCAGAGGAGAUGGGUACUGGUCCAGGAUCUGUCUUGCAUAGUGACUCAAGAUUUGGAAAGGAGCAGCUUGCAUCUGAAAUUAACUUCAUGAAGAACAAGCUACGAGACAUUGAAAACAUUUGUGAGCAGAAAUGCCAUCCUAUAUUGCCACAGAAUUUGGAACGACUCCAGAAAGACCUAGAAAGUUGCAACAACAAAUAUGAUCUGUUGCUUUUGAAAACAGGGAACAAUUCUGCUCUUAUAAAUUAUUUAAAUCGUUCUUUAAAUGAGAACUUUAAUUUAAUUAAAGGCAACCAGCGUGACACCCAGAAACUUCAAAAAGACUUACGAAUAGUUCGCUAUGGUAUCAGUGCUCUUGAUAAAGAUAUAAAAGUGCUCCAAGGGGGCCUGAACAGCUGCAAAGAGCAACUUCUAGGUAUCAAUUCUACGUGUGAAAAGACACAGGUUGGUGUGUUCAGAAAGAUAAAUCAAAUACAGAAAACAGUUAACAAUCGGACAGCUCACCAAAGCAAUAAUUGCUGUAAUGAGUUGAAGGAGACGCUGGAGCAACUGCAUGAAAAAGUGUCUUUUGACCCAACCAAAUGUAAAGAAAAAUCUCCUAGUGUGUCAUAUUUGGAGGGUAGAGUGUCCCAUGUUGAAAAAGCUUGCAGCAAACUGGACACCAUGUCUGGCAGCCUUCAGAAGAUCAAGGAAGGAUUAAACAAACAUGUAUCGAGUCUUUGGAACUGUGUCAAUCAGAUGAACAGAACUAUGAUGUCUCAUUCUAAGGAUAUUUUGGGUCUCAACAAUUCUGUGCAGCAGUUCCAUAGCCAGUUCCACAAAUUCACCACUGACGUUCAGAAUCUUAUGAAAAUUCAACCUGCUACUCCAGAAAAGCCAUCAAGACUUCCACCAAGGAAACCGCAAGGAAAUGUUCCCCUGACACCAUCAGAUCCAAGAAUACCAUUACAACCAUUACAGCCAGGAGGAGUGCCAUCACCAUCCAAACCAAGGAUACCACUACAGCCAGAACCAGGAGAACCUGUGCAACCAUCUCAACCAAGGAUAUCUGUACAGCCAUCACACCCAAAUAGACCUUUGCAGCCAUCUCAUCCAGAAAUAAUCAUGCAGCCACCAUUACAAGGAAUCCCUCUUCAGCCGGCAGAUCCUAGAACUCCUCUACGGCCAUCAUUACCAGGCAAAUCACCUGGCUUAUCUCUCUUGCCUGGUUCAUCUGGGAUGUUGAUGGAAACUGGGCAGGCAGGCCCUCCUGGUACUCUCUUAAUGAAAGGAAGAGGACGGUCAAAAAGCAUAGAUGGUCAGGAUGGACAAAAUAAUGUGCCUCUUUCUGAAGGAUAUGCUGGAGCUCCAGGAUAUCCAAAACCACCACGACAUCCAUCUACAGCUACACAAGGAGCACCUAUUACUUCACCGGUAUCAUUCUCUGCUGGUCUCACUCAGAAGCCUUCCCAUAAUGAUGUGGGUGUAGUGCAUUUUAAUAAAGUGCUUGUAAAUGAUGGUAACAACUAUAACCCCACGACAGGGAUCUUCACAGCUCCAUAUGAAGGUCGUUAUCUUAUCACUGCUGUCCUAGGUCCCGAAAGGGAUGAAUACAUUGAAGCUGUGCUGUCCGUUUCCAACGCAAGUGUCGCUCAGCUCCACACAGCUGGUUAUAAGAGAGAGCUGCUUGAAUAUCAUAAACCAAGACCAGGAAAACGAACUUGUGGUGGAAUUGGGGCUUUCCAUCUUGUUCUUCACCUCAAAGCUAGAGCUGAAGUAAGCAUUGUUGUUACUGGGGGAAAGUUGGCCUAUACAGACUCUGAUGAAAUGUAUUCCACUUUCAGUGGAGUUUUUCUGUACCCUUCUGUUUCUCAUGGGUAAGGUAUGUAAG